AUGCUGUCUAUUCGCUCCAUCUUGGGUUCUUCGACCCGGGCCCUCCGCCAACUUCUCCCGAAUCAGCCAUUCUAUCACCACUUCCUCUCGCGGUCACUAUCGCAACUAUCAAGAGUGUCGGUCGGCAACAGCCUUCGAAGCCUGCGUUCUGCGAAGCAGCAAGAUAGCAAUGUCGGUGUUGUGGGAUCCACUGUGCGACAACUCGAGCAGGUCCGGGGCAUGAAGACGAGAUCGUCCGUUAAGCGGUUAUGCGAUGGUUGCAAGGUAUGA